AUGAGGUUAUUACUCUUAGGAUUGACAGUCCUUGCCGCAAAGGCUGAUACCGUCACUGAAGGUUCACUACGAGGAGUGCUAAACACGGAGGAUGAAGCAUGGUACGAUCGAAUGCUUCAAAACGACAUUGGCAGUCUCCCUACAAUGAUGCCGACACCCUGUUCCAACGAGAUUGAGAAUUGUCCAGUUCCUUGUUUCGAAGUAGAAGUAGGAGAUCGUCCUCCUACCUGCUCCGCUCUGAACAGACCCGAUUGUCAGACCAUCCCUCUCCCUGAUGGAUGUCCUCUUUGCUGUCCCGAAGUUUGCAUUGAUCCAAACAUUGAGGACUGCGCCCCAACCCCUCUUCCAAGUCAAGCUCCUUCGGACUGUUCCGAAGUCAUUGAGAUCUGUCCAUUUGACAGUUGUUUCUUGCCUUUUACCGAUCCCUCCCGUCCAGAUACCUGUAGUGCUAACGAUCAGUGCAACAUGUUGCCCCAGCCUACUGGCGUUGGAUGCUCUUGUUGUCCAGAUGAGUGUGCUCCAGACAAUCCAAUGUUCAGUCCAUCUCCUGAUGGAAGUCCACCUGUCUGUUCUCCCACACCUCUACCAAGUCAAGCACCUUCGGAUUGUGCUGAAGUCAUUGAGAUCUGUCCAUUCGACAGUUGCUUCUUGCCUUUUACCGAUCCCUCCCGUCCAGAUACCUGUGGUGCCAAUGAUCAGUGCAACAUGUUGCCCCAGCCUACUGGCGUUGGGUGCACUUGCUGUCCAGAUGAGUGUGCUCCAGACAAUCCAAUGUUCAGCCCAUCUCCUGAUGGAAGUCCACCUGUCUGUUCUCCCACACCUCUACCAAGUCAAGCUCCUUCGGAUUGUGCUGAAGUCAUUGAGAUCUGUCCAUUUGACAGCUGCUUCUUGCCUUUGACCGAUUCUUCUCGUCCACCUGAAUGCCCCGCCGGCGAUCAAUGCAACAUGUUGCCUCAGCCUACUGGCGUUGGAUGCUCUUGUUGUCCAGAUGAAUGUACACCAGAGAAUCCGAUGUUCAGCCCAUCCCCGGAUGGAAGUCCACCUGUCUGUACACCAACGGCCAUGCCUUCGCUACAACCUUCCAGAGAAUCAAUUACGAUCACAGACCCUCCUAGUGCAGCACCUUCGCAGUGCGCUGAAGUCAUUGAGAUCUGUCCUUUUGACGAGUGCUUCUUGCCUUUGAAUGACGCAUCCCGUCCACUUAGCUGUACCGCCGUCACCGGCGGCGAAGGAGCCAGAUGUGAUGCUUUGCCACAACCAUCUGGCUGCACUUGCUGUCCAAGUGAAUGUAGUCCAGAGAACCCCAUGUUUGAUCCCAGACCUGACGGAAGUCCACCAAUUUGCUCACCUACCCCGAUGCCAACACCAUCGCCAAGUCAGCAACCUUCCGAAUGUGCUGAAGUUAUCAACAUCUGUCCUUUCGACGAGUGCUUCUUACCCGAUGGUUCUCCUGGACGUCCAGGCGACUGCGCUGGAACCAACGCAGCAGCCCAGUGUGAUGUCCUCCCGCAACCUGCUGGAUGUUCAUGCUGCCCAUCCGAGUGCCGCUCUGACAACCCAAUGUUCCAGCCGAAGCCUGAUGGCAGCCCUCCUGUCUGUUCUCCAACAGCCAUGCCAAGUCCGGCCCCUUCGCCUCCACCAACUCCAGGUCCAACUCCAAGUCCAACUCCUGCACCAACUCCAUUCCCUUCGCCCCCACCAACCCCAUCGCCAAGUCCACAACCUUCGCAGUGUCAAGAGGUCUUGGACCUCUGUCCAUUCGACUCUUGCUUCCUACCAGUUGGUCAAGGCCGUCCCCAAUCUUGUGCCUCUGCCAAUCCUGCCUGCAAUGUGUUGCCCUUCCCACAAAACGCUGGAUGUCCAGUAUGCUGUCCUGAUGAGUGCAGCCCUGACAAUCCAAUGUUUGAUGGCAACAUUUGCUCGCCAACACCCAUGCCUACUCCAGCACCGUCGCCUGGUACACCAGAACCAAGUUCGCAGCCAUCUGUCUGUCAAGACGUUCUUGACCAAUGCCCUUAUGAUGAGUGCUUCCUGGCAUUCAACGAUGGCAACCGUCCACAAAACUGCCGUGACACAAACGCCGCCAACAUCUGUAACAUUCUUCCGCAACCAUUCGGAUGUCCUCGCUGCUGUCCCGAUGAGUGCAGUCCCGACAAUCCAAUGUUUGAUGGAACCAUUUGUGCCCCGACUGCUCUCCCAUCCCCAGCACCGUCUUUGUUCCCAACCGAACCAGCAUCCGAGCUUCCCACUACUGUUGAUUGUGGUAUUGAUGUGGACAUCAACGUUGCAUGCUCGACUUCGUGUGAAUUCGAAAACUGUGUCGAGCGUCCAUUCCGCAUGCUCAUGUUCUACCGUGGAGGUGGUUGUCAAAACACUAACUUCAGACGUUGUCCAUUGCGCAAUCCUGAUUUGACUCCCCAGCUUCCCAACCCUGAUCCAUGUACUUGUGACAAGCGAGAGCUUCCUUGCAACGAAUGGAAUAACAAGAAUUUCUGUACCGAUUUCAAUCCCAAUACGGGUCAACCAUGUAAUGACUUGACCCAGUAUUGUGCCAACCAAUCGAACAAGAAUCCUAUUCCCGGAUGUGGACCUCCCCAGAACACCCAGCCGCAUGCUUCGUGGAUUGAAGCCUUUGGAAAGGACGGAGAAGCCUACUUCAUUGGUCCCGUCAAUGUGAACAGCACUUGGACUUCUCAGACUGUCAAUGACCGUGUGCAAGCUGAUACUGAUAUUUUCAUUUAUGAGUUUGGACCCGGUGGAAAGGGCCGUUUGUUGCAACAAGUCCGAUUCCACAGUUCUUGUUCCGAUGAGCUUUUCUUGACCGAUCAGUUCGGAUCCAAUCAGCUCAUUGAAUUCGAGUCCUUCUGUGUGGAUGAUCGUUGCGAUUCUUCUUGCUUUGGCGGACGUCGUGUCAUUUCUCUCUUCCAAGAGUCGAUAGGAGACUUCCAGUUCAGUUUGCGGGCCCGAUCGGAUGGCCAAGCACCGGUGACGAUCAGUUUCUUUGCAGCCUUGUUGACUCCGAUCAGCGAUACCUUCCCCUUCUUUGGUAACACGACUUUCCAAGAGUUCACUGACCAAGUUGGACGAACCAUUCCACCACCAGUGACUGUCCAACCCAACUUCAACAUUCGUUUGGAUGACGAGUACAUUCUUGCCGCUGUGAUUACCGGUCAACGUGCGGGUGGAUCUUGCGAUUCCUUUGGACAAACUCAGUUCCAAUGUGAACGAGUUCCAAGAUGCAGUUUGGUUCCUGCCGAUUGUGGCUGCGAUCCUUUCGUCCCACCAGAUGGCAAGGGCAACCUGGCAUUCCCCGAAGAUGAAGAUGAGGAGACGGAUGGAGAAGCAGAAGAAGUGACUUCUACCAGUGCCUUGGAUGGAUUCACCCGCUUCUUUGGAAACUAA